AUUCGGAAUUGCACUGCUUAACAGCAGAUAGUGACUAAUCGGUGUAGACAGGUGUAGACGAGUAUUAGUUGGCGUCUUUUAGAAGACAAAAAUAUAGUUGUUUCGAUAAAAAUUUAAACUAUUGAUGAGUUUUCAAUGACUUAAAGAAUGCUGCGUCGUAUGAAAUUAAUUUUGUGUUUCUGCGUUAUUUUAUGCGCAUUAGACAAUAAAGCUGAUGACAAUCAAGUUUCAUUAACCAAACUUAGCACAAAAACGGGACCGACGUUAAAAUUCUUCUAUUGUUAUUCAUGUGGAUAUAGAAAAGUUUUUGAAGAAUAUGUCAAUAUCCUUCAGCAAAAGUAUCCAGAAUUACAAAUUGAUGGAGAAAAUUAUAUGCCCUCUCAUAAUAAGAUGUUCAUUGCUAAAUUAUUGAGUUUUGCAAAAAUUUUACUGAUAAUUUUAAUAGUAAGUGGGCUUGAUUUAGGACAACCACCAACAUCACUGUGGCAAUGGUGUCUAGAUAAUCGGUUUUAUUCCUGUAUAAUGAUAUUUUUUAUUUUUAAUGCCAUAGAAGGACAUUUCAUAUCAUCAGGAGCUUUUGAAAUACAUUUUAAUGAUGUUCCAGUGUGGUCUAAACUGGAAACUGGUAGAAUACCACAACCAUUAGAACUAUUUCAAAUAAUAGAUAAUCAUUUAAAUAUGCGAUAUGCAGAUAUAGAUAUAGAAUAGAUUAAUUUUAGUAAGAAAUCCAAUGUGGCAUUUUUUUAUUUGUACCAAAUGUUAAGUAACUGUGGUUAUGGACCUUUCAUUGCUGCAACUCUAUAAUUGUUAAGAACAAUUACCAUCGUUCGCGUACCUUAUAUAUGUAUUUUCUUAUAUACCUUGCUAUCUCAGUUUAGAUGAGACAGUAUAUUUAAAACAGAUAGAGUUUGCAUGAGGAAAGCAGAAAUAAAACUUUUUAAUAUUGCUCAAAA